AUGGCGCCCUCUCAGCUUUCCAACGGUAUCUACCUUCGCUCCACCAUUAAUGCUAAGCCAGAGAUCGACCCUCAGGUCCUGGCUGCAUUUAGCCCCGACAUCAUCCCGAUGGGGCUCACAAGGCCUGAUCACGACGCCUUGAUUGCAGCUUAUGACGAGUUCAUCGCUCACGAUAUUGAUUCUACCGAGUCCAAGACCCGCAUCUACCUGCGCGGCAAGGCCAUCGUCAAGGACACUUCUAGCGCCGUCGAGACCGAAGUCACUCUCAAGGCGGUCCCCAACGAGCUGAUUCUCUGGCCUCAGGCUUGGGUAAACGCGCCAGUGGUCGGUCACUCUACGUUGAGCGCAUCCAAGGACGGGGAAGUCGUUGCAACUUCCACCCCGAUCGCAUACAACCCCACCGAAAAGCUCGGGCGCCACGACGCAUUCAUAGCGCAGGCAGAGAUCGUAUCGGCUGCCGGCACGCCGAAGGACCUCGUGAAGCAGGUUCAAAACUGGCGCGAUCUUGUCAAGCACGUCGGCCAAGACCCCACGGUGACGACUUACAAUGCCGUCUUUGCGGACCCGCGUUCGACGGAAAUCAGCCUGACGACUAGGUUCAGGAUGUUCGAGAAUCAAGCCAAUAUUGUCCGCAUGGCCUUCAGUAUCGAGGCUGUUGGUACGCCGUCUAAUGACAUCGACGUCUCUUUGUCCUGCUUCGGCGUAACACCCGAUUCGAAGCCUCUCUCUUUCGGACAAUCUCGCACGACCAUUCUCCCUUCCAAGCUGAUCUACAUUAACGCUGCCGUUCCAAAGAACUUUGACGGUAAUAUAACACUGAGCGUCUUCAAUGACAAGCAGCACACGUUCGGCGACUACUCGUCCAUUUCGGUGGGCGCGUACGCUGUGGGAGUCGUAAACGGGCAGGAGACGUACACGCUGCUUGGGGCAGAGCACAUGGUCUUCCACUCUGAUAUACGCGUGAAGAAGGUCCUGAAGAAGUUCGCUCGCGUCCGUGAGGCGCAGGCAACCAAUGGCGCGGCCGACGCUUCGACUUACCCCUUCUACUUCAGAGAGUCUGUGACUGAUAAUGGCCAAUUCCCACGAGCCACGAGUGGGCAUAGUCCUGAUAUUCAGCCUCUGGGUACCUUGCCGGAUGCAAAUGUACAGACUGAUCUCGGUCCCGGGAACUACACAGUCGACGUUUCCGACAAGCGGAGUGUGGGAACGGUGGUUGGCAACGUCUCCAACUACAUUUACCUUCGUGGAACGACCGACGCGCCCACGUCCGGCUCUGUGCGGUUGUUUGCUGUGCCCUCUUCCCUCUUGCUGUAUCCUUCGCAGUAUAGUCAGGAUGCUUACAUUAUAUUGGAUCACGACACGGGCGGAGAUCCCCAGACUGCCAUUCGGACGUACAACACGCAGUCUGAAGAAUCGCCCAACCCAAUUUUGUUCUCAGAGCCGUUCAACUUCUCUGACCCUCCUCCUCCUCCUCCCUCUAGCGACCACUACUGCCUUGUAGCCGAGUGCAAACCUGAUGGGACCGAUUCUGAUGGGGAGUCGUAUGUAUGGCCCCACGAAGAGGCUGGAGACUUUGCGACGGGGGGCGAGUAUGCUGCCUGGCUCUACAACCAGCCGUACGUUUGCCAGCGCAACAUCAGCUACGCCAGCAAUCCGAAUGCCCCAAGCCAGGUGUUCUACACGACCUUCACUAUCCCCCCCGGGUUCAGUAGCGCCGAAAACUGGCAGUUCGAACUCCGGGCUGUGAACUGUCCUCCAGGAUCCUAUGUCGAGAUGGACUCCAGCGAUGCCGAUAUUGCUGUCGCGAACUUGGCGAUCACGGGACCGGAUCAAGUUGCAGGGUGUCAAUUCACCGGCGCGGCCCCUGGAUUCACAUGUCAAAUCGUUAUCCGGUGGUAUGCGAACGGCACAACGAUCCAGAAUGGCCAGCGCAUUGAUGGAAACCUCUACCUGACGCGACCAUACACCGGGGCAAUGAGUUAUGAACUCUUCAAGCGCCAGAAGAUCGGAAAACGGAGUGACUCAACCAUACGCACCGUGCGGGCUGACUACCCCAACGUCGAUAUUCCGGGGAAGAACGUUGCCUCCCAGAAGCCUCAGCCUCCCAAGAUCGGUGGAGCACACACUCGCCGUCAACUCGGCGAGAAAUAUGUGUCCCCUGGUACCAUCUACGUCAACUAUCUUGUCGGAAGUGAUGGUAUCGGGUAUAAUCUCGGGUAA